AUACUCAUUUCUCAUUUCCAGGAGUUUGAAGAUCUGGAUGAAAUAAUUGCCCGUCACAUUCAGCCAAUGGCUGGCUUUGCUCGAGACCUAGUCAACUUCAGGUAUUACAGAGAAGCUGAUGGUGGUAAACGUGAAAUGAUGGAGAAGCUGCUUGCAGAAGAGAAGAAGAAAAAUCCAUCAAAAAUCCACUACCUGAUUUCUGCUUCCAAAGCUUACCCUGGAAAAUUCCUUCUGUCUUACCUCCCUAGAGUUAAGGCUCGUCACGAAUAUGUUACUGUAAAUCCUGACGGCUUUCGCUAUCGACAGCAAGUCUUCCAUUCUGUAAACUCUCUAUUCAAAUGGUUCAAAGAGCACUUUAGAGACCCUAUCCCUGGCACUCCAGGAACUAUGUUGUCUGCUCGCACCCCUAUGGGCCACUCAUCCUAUAUAGGGGCCACCCCAAGCAUCAAUCUUGCAAAUGUGGAUCCACAAGCUAUUCAACGAGCUGCUGCCAACUUGCCCAACUCCUUAUUUAACACGCUGUCACAGGUUGCUGGACAAACUCCAUCAUUUCCUUCUGGAACUUCAAACUAUGGGGCCAGUUUUAGUGGUGGUUAUGGCUAUCAGCCAUAUACUCCAUCACAGCCUAUAGCUACCCCCAUGAUGACUCCAUCGUAUCACGGUAUUACCACGCCAGCUCAUUCUAUUCCUGCCACAACUCCUCGAUACCCUCAGACACCCCAGUCAAACUGGACACCUCAUCAUCCAAGUCAGACCCCAGCACAUAGAGCAACUCCCAAAGCCAACCUUUCUGCUGCAGACUGGAAAAAAAUGGCAGAACAAUGGGCCAAAAAGAGGCAAGAACAAGAUCACAAGGGAUCCAGAGCACUGACCCCCAGAACUCCUGGAGCAGGACCAUAUGGAUCUGGAAGCCCUAUGGUGGAGUCCACACCGGCGGGUGAUGCUACACCACUCAUUGACGAACACUGACCAUGAAUGUUGUCGGUUAUUUCAUUUCGUUUGUAUAAAGCUCAAACUGUAAUGUAACUCAUAUUAAUUUCUGAAUCCAAUAUAGAUUUUAUAGAUAAUAUCCUUAAUCUGUUUUUGAAUAUGUGUAAAUCUUCAUUACACCUGUAAUAAUCUGUUUGACUGAACUGUUAUUUUAUGGAUCCUCUUACAAAGCAGAAAUAUGUUUAGUCAGGUUAACAAUGAAGAAAAUUUUAUUUCAAUGUUUGUUGAAUGUUUAUGCCUCAAACAAAUCAAUUUUUCAAUAUUUUGUGUACUAUAAAUAAAAAUGGAUAUUUUUGAAAAUCUAAAAGACAAAAGUAAUACACAGCUUACAAGGAUUUUCAGUCAUUCGUCAGGAUUUUUAUAGUCAGAUAUUUGUAUGCGGCAAAUGAUAUUCUUGGUGUUGUGCAUGUGUGAAAAAAAAGAGAAUCUUCUUAUGAAUUUUACAAAAAAUGUAAUUGAUCGGGACUUUGAUACUUUUGUAAUAGCUUUUUUGGUUGCAUUUGGUGUUCCUACUAAUAUUGGCAUAAUAAUAUUUUUGUGUAUGUAAUUUUAUGAAUAAGAUGUGACCCAAGAAAAUGUUGAAUUGCAAUUAAUUUUGAAACACAAAGUUAAGAGACCAUUAUAUUGACGUGUAAUGUAGUUACUAUGAGUUAAUGUUUCAGUUCAGUAGUAAAUAUCACUUCUUUCUGAUAUAAUAUUAAAUUAGUCAUCUUUUUUGUUGUUCUUUACAAGAAACUUCUGUUAACUUGUAAAAAAUACAAUUUCCAAAUGCUCAGUUUUUGAAUGGUGCAAGCUUAAAGUUAUUUAUCUCAAACUAUAUCUUGGAGAAUUAGACUGUGUGAUCAUGAAGUGUAAGAAUAAGUGGAAUCUGGUGUGUUAGUGGAGGAUAGCUCUCUUUGUAUAUAUUUUUACUGUUUCUACCAGUUUUGAAAAAUAAAUGUGUAAGUGUAUUUGUAUUUCACUUUUUCAAUGUGGUAGACAGUGAUAGUUUCAUGUAUUGGAUUCAUUUAUUGACUCAAGAUUGUAUUUUUGCGCAUCUUGAAUUUCUGUUCAAGAUCAUGUAAAGUCUUGCAUGAUUGAAGCAGUGUGUAUGAAAUGAAGUGUAGGUAAAUAUUUGUAAUAACUUAAACUAAUACUUCCUAAACCUUGGUUAGUGAGUCCAAAUAAAGCUAAUUUAUAUGUAUCUGUAUUUCCAAAUGGACUUAUGUGAUGUGUGCUUGCUGUUUUCUGGUUAAACCAAAGUUUUACAGUUUAAAAGUGAACACUAAGAGAAAAUAUUGCUCACUUAAAUCACUAGAUUUGAAAUAUUUGUAAAUUUCUGUUGAAACAGCACAGUUAUAUACAAUAUGAUAUUCAACAAAUUGGCAUCAGUCUGAUGCACAUCAAUGUGGAUUUGUUCGUCUCGAAUAUAGGAAUUGAUAAAAUAUUGGAAGCAGUUCAGAUUUGAAAUACACAUUCCUAUCAUUUGCGAUCUGGAAAAUUGUAG